AGCUGCUUUUGGCAUUUAAUAAUAUUUUGAGUGUGUUUUCAGUUUGUAUUUCAAAAUGUUGCUAAAAACAGUGGAUAUAAAUGGUGAGCAGCAUUUAUUUACCUGCUUUGAAGAGGGCGUUGAUAAAGACAUAACUCUUUAUAUACACAAUACCCAAAAUAAUGUGAGUUACUCAGAGACUUUGGCGAAAGAUGUUUUUCAGCAGCGUUUGAAGACGCUCAAUGCACGUGUAAAGUUCCCAGAGGAUGCAGUGCGUCUGGCUCUGCUUAAAUCAGAUCCUUCACAUGCCGAAUUUGCCGAUAGUAAACAUGAAUCUUCAAUUCUCAGUCUGAAGUAUUCCAUGGUCAAUACCGCAGUGCCUCUAAAAUGGAACUGGCACUUGAGUCCCCUAAACAAUGCACAGUUCUAUCGCGAGGUCUGCAUGAAUUCAGUGUCCACGACUGGCGGACUACGGGAUCAGGUGUCCUUCUUGAUAGAGGUUCUACGAUCCAAGGACAAGGAGCUGAAACAGUUUCGCACCGAGGGAUGCAAGCUGCGCAGGGUGACUGCUGUGACAAAGCCUUUCGAUAUCGAGGCUUUUAAGGAAGAGCACCAGAAAUUGCUGGAAGAUGCCAGUGCUUACCAGAAAGUGAAGGACGUAUUGGCAGUAGAAGUUCCCGCGAUGAAGUCUUCUGCCUUUGCUGCACCAAUGCCGCACGAUGUAAAAUACAAGACACCGCCAACUGGCUCUGCAGGAACAGUCACCCCCAAAUUGACUCCACGCAAUAGAAAGCGGAAGGCUCUGGAAAGCAAUAUCAAUCAUAUGGAGCGCAAGGUAAUGCAGCGCCGUUCUAAACCUCACAUCGAGUACAAAAGCUCGCAGAGUUCACAGGAGACAAACGUGGACGAUUGGUUUACGGAGAAUAAGCCAGCAGUUAAGAAAGAAACUAUGAUCGAGGUGGAUGGACCCUCAACAUCAGCCAAGAUUAAUCAUGAAAGUUUUUCAAAGCUAAAAAAAGUAGAUGCAACCGUAGGAACUACCACAAUUAAAUCAGAGCCUGUCCAGGAAAACGCAUCCAAGGAAGGUGGUUUUUUUUCUUCUUCAGACGAAGAUGAGGAGGAACUCGAAAGAUCUUUCGAAAAGGUAGAAAUCAUCCCACAGAAUCCGGCAUCAGUUCAAGAAAUUGUUGAUUCUCCUAUAGAAGCCAUUGCAAAAAUCGAAACCCUUGUCUCUGAAGUAGAGUACGAGGUUCCCGAAAAUGGUCUAACUGAGCUGGACGAGAUUAAAGCCAUACUUAAACGAACAACUGCUAUUACCAAAAAACUGAUUGAGAAACAUGAAGUUAACAAGUAAGAGGAGUACGGAUAUACUCUCACUCUAAAUGGUGCUGCAAGUCGAUUUUUAGCUCUGCUCCAUAUGUGUUUUUGUUAUAAAUGAUUAAAUCGGACACAAUAAAUCCCCAGUGAUAAGGGAAUACAAUUCCAUAUUAAUAAAUUAUAAUACAUUCAAUUUGGUAAUUAACAAAAAUACACAGAGUUCCGUUGUCAAUCCAUGAAAUACCUAAGAGUGAUCGAUGUUUAGCUUUGUUGAUUUGAAUGAGAAGGAUUAUCAAAGGACCAUCAUUAUAUAAGCAGGCUAAAUCCCUGUACAUGUAUAGAAUUCUUAUCUCACACAACCAUAUUGAACGAUAUCUAAUUAUUCCGGUUUAAUGUCGGGAAAAAUCCAUGUCUACUUAUCAGCCGAUUAGUCACGGUUUUAUGUGGGAGCGCCAC